UAUUAGUGUGAUUAGGUCCGUCUUUAGGAGUUCCUGAAGAAGUAGCGGAUUUUAAAACUUUCUGUUUGCAAAUCAUCGCCCUCUUAACCGUCCGUGUGAAGUAAUUGUGUUAAGAAAAUAUGCCUUAUUAAAUUUACCAACAGUUACUAGACUCGUUGUGCUUUGCAUUUGCAACGCACUUCCAAACAACUAUCCUGUUCAGAUAAUAAUGGGGUCUUCAAGUUUUCCCAACGCCCUGUCCAUAGUGACGCUUCUCUGGAACCCCUGCACGCUUAGUGCAUUUAACCAUUUUGAACGAAAUAAAAGACAUGAUGGCAGCAUCGAUCCUUCGCAGGAAAAUUCCUCUUGUUUGCACGGUCGACCUCAUCUUUCCCUCCUCCCAACAAGUUAAUGACAGCCAAUCCGAGGAAAGAAAGGGGGCGGAGUUAUUGGAGAGGCAGCACUUAAUUGGUGAUGGUCAGACGGACUGGAUGACGGAAAAACUUGAUUUGUCUUCGUUCCAGUCAACUACUGAAUCAUCUCCUAGCUCAUCUAUUCCGCCCUCACCGUUGGAACAUGACGUCAAGGUGCCCUCUGACUUGGAGGUCAUGACCUCUCUUUUGCAAGAGGAGCUUGCUCAGCUUGAGGAUUAUUUCCGGUCUGAAUCCACGUCAACCAAAUUGGACAAGUCACCAAAAUGUGAUAAAGGUGCUCAAGCUAUGGGUGCCCAGUCUUACUACCAGUUGCCCUAUGCUUCGUACAGCGGCAACCAAUCUGAAACCAGCCCACUUGUUGUUACCCUGGCAACAGGGGAACUCGACCUGGUAAGCUUCUGUGGUGGUCCCAUUGGAAGACCCAAAAUGGCGAGGCCUGCCCCAUACAACUAUCAUCAUCGUUCAUAUAAUACUGGCCGAAGAAUGAUUUUAGAUGGUGUCAAUAAAGCUGGAGAGGAACUUGAUCAUGACACCUGGAGUGCCAAAGGAAGAUACUCAGGAAGCACAGAGGUGGCUGGUAACCACUACUCCACGUUGAAAACAGUUGGGAAGACUGUUGGCAGUGUAAAGAAAGUCAGAGAAUGUGGUGUAUCAUUGAAGGAAGAGGAAAGUUACUGUUUUACAGAGGAUGUUUUUUGCAGUGAAGAGAUGACCAGAGGUUUCUGUAUGGGUGGGUCCUUUGAUACCCACCCCAAGAGGGAAGGACAGUUAAUGCAUGGAGGUAUGAAGGUUAGUGGCAGUGGUUAUGAUGGUAUGGUCCUGGAGGGCUUACAUUGCAACAAAGAUGGUGGACUCUCUGGAACUAUUCCUCACGAGCCUGAGGCAAUCGAUGGCUAUUACCACCCCCACCCAAACGUUGCUAACACAGAACCAUAUCAUAGCUUUAUAGGUGACAUCGAGGAGCCUUCGCAAUUACAUGGUGUAGAGCCCCAGCAUGGCCACUACCUCUUCCCAGAAUGCCUUGGAGACCAAAAUUAUGAAUGUCUGUCAAGAGGAGAGAGCGAGGGGUCAAUUGUGGGCUCACCUAUUCACAGGCAAGCAACACGGAGGCUAAAGGAAGAUCCAGGUUCCCUAAGCUCCAUCAAACCAGGCUUUGUUGCUGUCCCUCUGGAAGUGCAUACUGGAGAACGCAAGCAGAAGAAGAGAGACCAGAACAAAACUGCUGCCCACAGGUAUCGACUGCGUAAGAGGGCUGAGUUGGACUUACUAGAGGAGGAGCUACACGGGCUGGAGGGACAGAACCGGGAGCUGCGAGACAAGGCAGAGUCAGUGGAAAGAGAGAUUCAAUAUGUCAAAGAUUUACUCAUCGAGGUCUACAAAGCUCGUAGUCAACGCCUAAAACAAGAUGCCAGUGCCUAAUCUAUCGACCACAAUACCAGUACUAUACCCAAGAGCACUUGUUUGUCCUGAAUAAUAUUUGCAUGAUGUUAGUAGUUUUUCACUCAAAAAAGUUGAUUGCUUUAUUAUUGUCACAUGACAAUAAACAACACAAUGUACCUUUCUAAAUGUUUCACUGAAUGACUUCAGGCCUAAGUUAGUGAAUUUAUGAGGAGACUAAAACAAACCAUCCGUGAACACUGUGACACUGACCUGCACUCACAGCCUCGUAAUAUUUGAGUUUGAGCUUGCAAUGAUUUACCUUUUACAGUAAUUCUUUAACAGUAAUAGAAGCAAUUUAAUUAUUCCUGUGUUAUUGACACACAAUGGCAGCAUACAUUAAUAACUUUUAAUGCUGUUAUAUUGUACGUGUUUUAUUUAUUCAUUAAUGUAUCCCUUGCUAUGUCCACUUAUCUGUGAUAAAGGAUUGAGGAAGAAGCCUUGAAAAUGCUGUGGAAAAGUUUAAGAAGUUCUGCAAACUACUUCAAAAAUUCUGUUGCUAAAAUGCUGAUAGUAUUUUAGGUACGAUUAUUUUAGUAGUACAUUUAGGAAACCACCUAGUCCCUGCUAAAGUACCCAAUGCAUGUUGAUUGUUAAAAAAAAAGCAUGACUGAUUGUAAUUCUAAAAUGACAAUAUAUAUUCUCUUCAAUGCAUGGUUUAAUGGUUUCAUUAGAGUAUUUUUUUAAGUCAUGCUUUUACCUAUUUAGUUUCAUUAGUUGAGAACUUCUACAGCUCUUUGCCCUCAACUAUUUAAUCAUACUCAGGAUGUGUGUACAUAUUUGGGAAAUAUACACAUUCAUUGUUUUAUCAUCUUGCUUUUUUCUUGGCUGUAUUUUGCGUAUAAACAAUCACCAGUUGACACAACAAUAAAUUGUUGUUGGCAUACUGUA